GGGUCACACUGACGGAUCCAAACCCUCCUUGGAGACCCAGGAUCCCUCCAGAGCUCAGCCAUGUCCACCAGCACCCACAGCCAUGCUGGGACCCAGCAGUUCCCAGGGAAUUGCACCCUGGAGAAGGCCCUGAAGACCGUGGUGGACCUGUUCCACCAGUACAGCAUCCGCCAGGGUGAGAUAGACCUCCUGAGCAUGAGCGACUUCACCACGCUGCUGAAGGAGCAGGCGCCGUCCUUCCUGCAGACCUGCGACAGGAACCGAGCUGGCUACUUGGAGAAGCUCUUCCAGGAGACCGACCUGAACAAGGACAAGGAGCUGAGUUUUGAGGAGUUCACCAUCGUGCUGAGCAAGCUGGCCGACGACGCCCACCGCAUCAGCCACGGCUCUGAGCGCUGCGGGCCCGACAAGGAUUGAGCCUGGCACGGAAAAAUGGGAGAGGGAAGCUUGGGGAGUUGGGUUCUGGCUGCUCCCUGCCCGUGUGGAGCAGCCCCAUGACACAAUAAAGUGCAGCACUUGAAGUU